AUGGAAGAAGCUAAAGCGAUUUUGGAAGAAGCCGAGGCAGCGUCCAACAAACUUGCGAACCAGUUGGAAAAACUACGAUUGGAAUUUGAACACUGCAAGCAUAUAGGACUUUCAGACGACGAAGCGGCGGUCUGGGCAGUGCUAAAGAUAUACGGCCGUGUUGCAUCAAUAAGUGUACUACCCGCGAUUUUGAAGAAAGCCUGUGUGAAGGAAAUAACAUCCUUGUUACUUCGCCUAACAGAAAGUCUCGGUUCUAAAAUUAUUAUAAAAGACGGCACUACAGCAGCCUCGAAAUUGAUUGCAAAAAGCACGACAGCUGUGGUGGGUGGUGUUGCAAAGGCAGCUUUCAUAGGCCUGAACGUGGCCCUGCAAGUAAAGGAUAUUUACGAUCUCUUUAAAGAAAUAGACGCUGAUCAUCCAGCUGCCACGGCAAUCGGAGAGAUCAUUUCUCAGCUUGAGGGCAAAAUACGCGAGGCGAAAAAACUUCGAGACAACGUAAAUGCCAUUCAGCGAGCUUGUCAGGAGGCUGCCGAAGUCAGAUCAUUUGAAACCCGCAACAGAGCAAAGUCAAGGCCCGCAGAAAAUACCGAGGAUGGUGCUGAGGAUGAGGAUCCAAAGCGUUGGCCAAAUCGCCGCACCUGUGAAGAUCAGAUAUAUGAAGCCGAAGCAGAAAGAUUAAUAAGGCUUCUGCAUGAGCUAGUAGGAAAAAUACGUCGCCUGGGUGGAGCCGUAAAAAUCUCUCGAAAGAGGCUGCAGUCCCUAUUGAAAAGGUUUAUUAAAAUUCUUCAGAAAAUGUAUAAUGCUGGAUUUAAGUGCAAGAUUAAUCGAAGGACUCGCGGCCUUCGACUCUAUAUUACGGUCAGUGGGUGGAAAAUUGGUUAUGAAAUCUCUCGUGAGGCGUUUCAUUUGUGUGAACUUGAUGUAUCAAAUAUGCAAAAUGUUUUCAAGCCAGUCCCUAUCGGAGAAUCGUCAGGGCACAUUGUCUGCAAUGAGACGGACACUGUUUACUAUAUUCGUGCUGUAGACAAAAAAUAUGCGAAUAUCAGAUACGUUGGCAAGACCUACAGACACACGCACACUCGAGUAUGCGAGGAACACCUUAAAGCGAUUGCACGUGUUUCUAGAAUUUAUGCUAAUGAGGAAGAAAUUUCACGUUCAGACUUGAACUUUCUGAUGAACAUUUCGUACUUUUAUCGUGAAGCAGGAAUGGCCGCCAACACCCUGGGCCUCUACGAGGUGAAUCAGCUCGACGACCUAUUGGAAGUUUUCUGCAUGCGACUUUGGACUGAAGACGAUGCGGAACUUCGAUUUUGGGAGACAAUUUGGCAGUGGUUCUUUUCUACCCGCACAAAAGAGGGAGGUUGCAACCAAAGAUAA